AUGGAUGAUAUUUCCGAUCCAAUCAAUUUAUACACCAUAACUGGUCCGAUCUAUCCCAAUUUGACAUCGAUUUUGCCAAGCAAAGAUAUAAACAAACUUUUCUCACUUCGCUAUGCUAUCAAUCUUCUUAACUCCCAAUUAGAGAAAUCUAACAGCGAAAGAGACGAAUCAGUGUGCCGACCAUUUUCUCUCUAUCGUGGAAUUCAAAGCAGCAUUCAAAUCCUUGAACAAGUGAAGGCUGGAGUGGGUAGUAUUAUUGGUAAAGCCUCGUUUGGAUCGUUUUCUUUUGACGAAAACACAGCGAAAUCCUUUGCAACAGGAGAUAUGAAUCAUGCAUGUAAACAACCAGUCCUACAAAAGAUUAAUAUUUCUACGAAGUCUGGAGAACGACUUCAUAGAAGUUUAUUUUGCAAGAGCCAGUCUUUUGGUGACGUUAUGAUUCUCCCGUAUCAGUCAUUAUUUCGAAUUGUAAAAGCAGAACGCACUGAGCUAUUCUGGUAUGUUGAAUCGGACCUUGUUGAUGCCGAUGAUGAACAGUUUUGCUCAGUUAUUGGUCCAUGGGCAAAACUCAUUAAUGAAGAAUGUUUGUUCAAAACUGGCAUGCAAAAACCGUACUUUCGUUAUUUGGAUACGAAUAGCACGUCAUUUCUAAAAUUUCAAGUGCUCGUCGAUGCGCUUCUUCGGCUCGAUGCUAAUGAAUUUGCCAAGGAAGAGCUCAUUGAGCUAUGCCUAUCAAAAUAUGCCAACGACAGGAAGACAUUAAACCAUAUUGAUGUUUUUGCACAGAACUAUCGAGGAGAAGAUGCCGCAUACUGGUACAGUCGCGAUUGGUUCCUCUUCCGCACUCUUAAUGAAGCUCUCCAUCAGGAGAACUAUGAUACAAUCAUCAAACUACGCUGUUUUAUACGCGAUUUACAUAACCAAUUGGCCGCACUGCAAAUCGACUAUCUACAAUCGUUACCGCACAAUCAGCCCAACAUUGUGCUUUAUCGUGGACAAACAAUUCCUCGUUCAGAAAUUGAAUGGCUGCAACGAUAUCAAUGCAGUCUUAUUUCCAUGAACAGCUUUCUCUCAACCACCAACAGCUACCAAGCUGCUGUAUUCUUCUCUGGUGAAGGUACAGACGAUGUUGACCAAGGAUAUGUGUCUGUCAUUUUCGAAAUAUUGGUUGAUACACGUCUACCGCUCAAUGUUCCUUUCGCUCGAAUCAAUUAUCAAAGUAUUUUUCAAGAUGAAGAAGAAAUCCUUUUUUCCAUGGCAGCUGUCUUUCGCAUUCAAGAUGUUGAGAAAAUUCACGACAAUUUUUGGUGUGUAAAAAUAAAACUUGAAAAGAAUUUGGACGAUGAGCAGUGGCAAUUACUCACCAGUCACUUGAAUGCUUGA